AUGGCAACUUCCGGUCAACGCAAGCUUCUUAUCGACACCGAUGCCGGUGUUGACGAUGCCCAAGCGAUCCUGAUGGCAUUGAAGAGCCCGGAUGUUGACGUCAUAGGUAUUACGUGCGUGGCCGGAAAUGUUGACGCGAUGCAAGUCGGGAAAAAUGUGUUGAGAGUGUUACAGGUUGUGAAUCGACUUGACAUUCCAGUAUAUAUCGGAUGUAACGAGGCGUUGCUUGGAGACGAAAAAGAAUCGAGUGAUUAUUACCACGGUUCGGACGGUUUAGGCGACGUACCGGAUCCUGAAGCCCCGGAUAAAAGUCUUAUCCAAUCAGAACACGCAGUUAACGCGCUGAUACGACUUUCUAAGAAGUAUAAAGGGGAGUUAUCUCUGGUGUGCCUUGCUCCCCUUACCAAUAUUGCAAUGGGCCUCAGAUUGGAUCCCGGACUCGGCCCACGACUUAAGCACUGUUAUAUUAUGGGCGGGAACCAUCAUGGGAAAGGGAAUAUUACAGUCGCCGCGGAGUUUAAUUUCUAUUUUGAUCCUGAGGCCGCUUACGUUGUCUUGAAUCAACUAAAGGCGCCCAUUACCAUUGUCACGUGGGAGACUUGUAUGGAGCAUUCCAUUCCAUGGGUAAAUAUAUUAAGAUAUAAUAAUCUUUUUUCAGAUGAGUUAAACGUUCGAAAUGUGUUCGAUGCCGGUGUUGACGAUGCCCAAGCGAUCCUGAUGGCAUUGAAGAGCCCGGAUGUUGACGUCAUAGGUAUUACGUGCGUGGCCGGAAAUGUUGACGCGAUGCAAGUCGGGAAAAAUGUGUUGAGAGUGUUACAGGUUGUGAAUCGACUUGACAUUCCAGUAUAUAUCGGAUGUAACGAGGCGUUGCUUGGAGACGAAAAAGAAUCGAGUGAUUAUUACCACGGUUCGGACGGUUUAGGCGACGUACCGGAUCCUGAAGCCCCGGAUAAAAGUCUUAUCCAAUCAGAACACGCAGUUAACGCGCUGAUACGACUUUCUAAGAAGUAUAAAGGGGAGUUAUCUCUGGUGUGCCUUGCUCCCCUUACCAAUAUUGCAAUGGGCCUCAGAUUGGAUCCCGGACUCGGCCCACGACUUAAGCACUGUUAUAUUAUGGGCGGGAACCAUCAUGGGAAAGGGAAUAUUACAGUCGCCGCGGAGUUUAAUUUCUAUUUUGAUCCUGAGGCCGCUUACGUUGUCUUGAAUCAACUAAAGGCGCCCAUUACCAUUGUCACGUGGGAGACUUGUAUGGAGCAUUCCAUUCCAUGGGAGUGUUAUUUCAACCUUCGUGACAAAGGCGGGGAUGUUUGCAAAUUUCUUUCGUCAAUCGAAAAGAAGUCAUGUGAAUACGCUCAGAAACAAAAGUGGACAACGUUCAUAUCCGCGGAUGUGUUCAUCAUAUCCUGCUUUCUUCGGCCCGACGUCAUCAAAACCUGCUGUGACGUAUACGCAACUGUGGAACUUAAAGGACAAUACACCACGGGACAAAUGGUCGUGGACUGGCAAAAAGCCCUGAAAAGACCCAGCAAUGUACGCGUUGUAACAAAAAUAAACCAAGAUUUAUUUGAAGGAAUGUUAGAAGACCUAUUUAAAGACAAGAACACACAUCAAAAGACAUGAUUGGCCAAUCAUUUGAGGCGUCUCGUCUUUGUUUUUAAUCAGAGAAUUCAUUUUAUCUGAACAUAAUUAGGUAAAGGCUAAUAUUUCUGUUCUUAUAAAAAGUUAGGACAAUCUCACAUUACAGCAGUUGAUACCUAAUAUCUAUUUUUAUAAAGCAAUGGACAGUUAUUGCCUAUGACGAUUUGAUAUGUUAAUAUACAAACAGACUUAAUCAGGGCUUCAAAAAGUUAGAAGUGAUAACUAGUUGGUUGUUACAUAAGUGUGCGUGGGUUUGGUUU